ACUAUCAGAAUAAAUCAUGAUUUGCAGAGCAGAAACUUGCAGAGCAGAAACUUGACGAACCCACUUGUUGGAAAGGUGGCAUCCUAUGAAGGUGCCACGUUGAUAGUCACUUAGUUAGCAUGAUGUAACUGAGACAAAGUCUCCCUCAACUUGAAGAAGUAUAGUUCAUAAUUCAGUUCAGAUGGACAUUUCUAAACGUCUAUGGAAUGUUCAUAUGGAAUGCCACUAUUCAUUUUGACUGCAUGUGCUCUAGUGCAUACCCCAUAAGGCCCUACAAAGGCAAAAAGCAGUAACUACGUAAUUUAUUUUACUGCUAAAUCUGACUUCAAAGUCUUUUUCUGUCUAGACAGAUAGCAAUUUCUGAUUCCCCAUGAUAUUUUCUGAUCAACUGGCUUGCUCUUGUGUCAGUAAACCAAAUACCACAUUAAUCAGAUAGUACACCUGGCCAGUACAACAGAUCAAAUUUGUAGUUACUGAAAUUUUCCAUUGUAGGGCAGCAUAAAUUUAUACAGUUUCAUCAUUUUCCAUACUGUCAACUUUAGUUAUCUAAAGUUCUAUCAAAGUUAACUUUAAAUAGUUAUCCUAUUUCCAAUGUAAAAUAGCCUUUGAGAGACCAAAACAUCACCCAUGCUAUAUUUUCCAUAUUAAAAUGCUCAGUUGAGUAAAUGUACCUUUUCUCUCAUCUCUAAUGAUCAGUAAGGCUGAAGGACAGGUUAGGUGGGCACAGCAACAUCCAAUCCUGUCACACAUUACAUCAUGUUUUCAUGCAUGAUAUGUUAAUCUAACCGUUUGUGUGUGUGUGUGCGCGUGUGUGUGCAAAGAGACUCCAGAGGAGGGGAGUUUCUGUCAGGAUAAAUAGAGAGGCAGAGCUCAGAGUUUGUCAGAAGGCGGACCUGACAGGGUCACACACAGGACCAAGCAGGAGCAGAACCUCAGCAUUUUUACAUUUUAUUACAAAUGGAGAAACAUGAAGAUGUUCAAUACUGUUUUCAAGACAGAAACUCUUCUUGCAGAAAGGCUUUGCUAUCGACAUCUAUCUACAUAACACUGUACAUCUUCUUCUCAUUGAUUUCAGCAGUUACAAUAUUUUUGAACCUACUGGUGAUCAUCUCCAUCUCUCACUUCAAGCAGCUCCACACUCCAACCAACCUGCUCAUCCUCUCUCUGGCUGUGUCAGAUCUCCUGGUGGGACUGAUUGUGAUACCAGUAACGACUGUAGCAAUAAUGGAAUCAUGCUGGGGUUUUGGGGAAUAUUUCUGUGUGUUUCGUUUAUAUAUGGCUUUUUUAUGUACUUCUUUAUCUCUGGGCAAUUUGGUCUUGAUAUCUUUUGACCGCUAUGUUGCUGUGUGUGAUCCCUUAUUGUACCACUCUAAAAUAACAACAACAAGAAUUAUGUGUUUUAUAUCCAUUACCUGGUGUUGUUGUAUCAUAUACCGUGCUGCUAUUGUAAAAAAUAUUGUCAAUGUACUGGUACCCAGUAGGUGUUUGAAAGAAUGUUUAACUGUAGCAAUAACAUCAAGUAAUAUCAUUGACAUUGUAAUUACAAUGGUUGUCCCGUGCUCUAUUAUUAUAACUAGUUAUAUGAAAAUCUUUGCGGUGGCCAGAUCACAGGCCAGAAAGGUAUUUUCAAAAGAGGCUGCCAGUGUGUCUGGUGUUAAAACUGUACAGACAAAUAAGUCUGAGAGAAAAGCAGCAAAAACUGUUUCUAUUGUUGUUUUCAACUAUCUAAUUUGUUGGAUUCCAUCUCUAUUUCCUUUCCUUUUUGUAUCUUUUUUAGGUGAAAAUGUUUUAUCCUUUAUCAUCAGCUUUCUGCCACUUGUUAAUUCCCUAAUUAAUCCAAUCAUUUAUGCUUUGUUUUAUCCAUGGUUCAAAGUGACGGCUAAACUUAUUUUAACUCUGAACUUAAGGCGUUCAUGGUUCCUAUGUUUUAUUCCUACAUUUGACUAACAGGUUUGAUAUAGUUAUGUUAUACAAUUGUUGUAAUUGCUUCUUUCAUGUAACAAUACACUGACGUGACUUAUCUCAGUGUUUUCAUCAUAGGUACAUGUGGUGUUGAUACAGAAUGAUUUGGCUGGAUUGAAUUGGAGAAGGCAUAAGAAGGGAUAAGCUUUUUUUUUUUUUUUAAAUAAAAGACGUUGUAGUCAU